AUACAUAAAUUCAGAUUGAGUUGAUUAUGUUGGACUAUUUACAAAUGACAAGAAUGAUAGACGACAGAAUGAGAAGAGAUGCAAACUGUGAGAGGAAAUGAGACACUGUGCUUCAAGCUUGUAGUAAUUUAACAACAAUAUGUAUAGCGUCUGCUGCUGUAUGGUUAUUUUUAGGUAAACUGUACAUGUGAAUGCAUGAUUUCACUGGUACAUAAUGAUCUUGUCAUUACCUUUUUUUGUGUGUGAAAACGUUAAAGUACUAGUUUUUGCCAGCAGGUGGUGCCUGUUUACUACCAUAAUGCUAAAUAAUAAGCAAAAAUGACUGUGAUAGUGGGGGUAAGAGAUCUGUUUCAUGAUAUUUUUUCAUAAUAGAGAGUUUGAAAAAAGAAAAGAAAAGUCUAGUAACUAAUGUAGGAGACAUGCUUUAUACCUUAGCCUUAACAAGUUGAGUUUUUUUUUAAUAAUCUUUUCUCACCCUGACAUAAACCCACAUUUGCCUGUAUUUUGAAUUUGACUUCUACUCUAACAUUUACUGCUUGCCACUUGUUUUUUUUUAUUUUCAACAGCCACAAAAUUAAUAAACAAAUAAUGUAAAGAAUUAUGAUUGUUUAGAUCUAUAAGCUGCCCUAAAAUCUGUAUUAAUGUGACUAAUGAUGCUUUACAUAUUCCGUUUUUGCUGAAAUGACGAAUCCCCUUGAGAGCCCUUGUGAACAAUACUGCUGUCAAAUCCUUGUGUCCACACACAUGAUGCACCACAGCCCGCCCACUCCGCAGUCCCACCACUUCCUCCAGAGCUCUCACACUUGUGCUGUUCUUUCACUCUCAUCAGAUAUGCAAUGUCUCACCAUUACACGAAGAUCACACUAAUGCUGCUCACUUUAACUAAGGAAAGAGGCACAUCUGAAUUUCAUGGAUGAUAAAUGUAUUCAUCAACAUCUUAUUCAUAGUUGGGUUUUGGUUUUUUUAGUUUGAGAAGAAGUGUUUAACUUUUUUGAAAGUCCAGUACUUUGGACCACAUUACAGCUGUAUGCAGUGGCUUCAGAAGCUCCGGAGCGAUGUCGUCUCUACUUUCUCACAACAAAGAUCAUCCACACAUUCGAAAGUCUCUCUCCGACUCUUCUCCGACUUCAUCCUCUUCCACCACCAGGAGCCUGAGGUUUAUGGACAGUUCUAACGCAUGUCCCCUCUAUUUCAGCAUGAGAGGCUAUCGAGACUGAGCCCAUCUGGUUCGUCUGAUGUUUCCAACAACACAACAAACCACGCUGAGUCCUACUUCUUAAGGAGAGAGAACAGACUAUCCGCAAGGAAAAAGGCAGAGGAGGAGACGGAAAACAAUGACUAUAAAAAGAUGUAUGAAAAGGCCCUGGCCACCAAUCAAAGGCUCAAAUCCAGGCUGGAAACAAGUAAACAGGAACUCGUGAUGAUUCAGGACCAGCUGCAAAGAGCUCAGAAGGGAAGACCUGGGGACUGUGACUCCAGCAUGCUUGAGGCUGAAAAAAAGGAGAGUUGGAGUCUUAAAAAAAGGAUAACAGAUGUAGAAGAACAGUUGAAGGUCAAAGCAGAGCUUAAGAUGGAGAACCAGAGGCUGAAGGAUGAAAAUGGAGCUUUAAUCCGCGUCAUCACUAAACUGUCCAAGUGAGAAGAGGAUGGAAGAAUAGCAGAAGCAAUAUUUACAUGUUUAUCAAUAUGAUAUAUCCCCAGAGAGCACGUAUGUCGAUUUUUGGAGUGGUUUUGGAGGAUUGAGUCCAUCCUUGUUUUUUUUGAUUGAGAGGUGUUUAUAAGUCAGGCUGCUUUUCCAUUGUCCGUUGAGUGACUGACAGGUCUAAAAACACAUUUCACAUCAGGUAUCACCGUCCCCCAACAUGUACUGUAUUUAUAGACGUAAGAUGUUCCCAGACAGAAAAUACAUGAAAUUACCUUUUAUACUGUAUAUUCCUUAAAGAUUUCUAAAUAAAGACAAAUGCAAACAUGA